AGUGCAUCUCACUUGAAAAAAGUAAAGAAUGUGCCGAAAUACCACCAAUGACACCCUUGAAACCUACAGAUACCUUGAGGGUUUGGGUUACAGUCUUGUGUUUGUCCUUGGCCUCCUCAUCUGUGGUGCUGCUCUGUGGGCCUUUGUCGCAAAGCGGGCCUCCUGGACCGACUCCCACAUCUACAUGCUGAACUUGGUUCUGGCUGACUUUGCCCUCGUCCUUUUCCUUCCCUUCAGAGUUUAUGACGCCUUCUUCUGCCUGCCUAAAACGUUCCUCUGCACUUUCCUCAUUUUUAUGCACUUCAUCAACAUGUAUGCCAGCAUCCUGACCAUGACAGCCAUCAGUGUCCACCGCUACCUGAGCAUCAGGUUCCCUCUGCAGGCCAGAUCGUGGAGGAGGAGGAAGGAGGCAGCGGUCGCCGUCUGCUUGCUCAUCUGGUUGUCCCUGAUUUCAGUCGUUGUUGUUUUUCAAAAGGAUAACUAUCCUGAAAACCUCUGGACAUGCUAUGAAAGAUGCAAAAACCGGCGUCUCCGUCAACAUUUCAUCGUGCUGUUGUCUCUCGGCUACCUGGCUCUUCUGCUGGUGAUUGUGUUCUGUUCAAGUCGGAUCAUCUGUAUUUUGGUGAAGGACCAGAACCAGUCAGGGGAAAGAAAAAGCAUUGUUGGUAUAAUAACAGCAAACAUGAUCGUGUUUCUUGUCUGCUACACACCUUACCACGUUGCAAUUGCGUGGAGCUUGUUCUUCCCUGUGCCACAAAACUGGAUGUUUGAAUAUUUACCCAGUCAUGCCUUCUUACAAGCAUCGGAGUGGAUCGCUUCCACAAACUGUUGCUUUGAUUCCAUCAGCUACUAUUUCUUAUUAAAAAGGUUUUACACAUAAAUUAAUGACUAUAUGGAUUGUAUA